AUGUGUGAAUGGCUUUCUUCCGGCGAUUGGUGCGACGUACAUUUGAUCUGUGGAGGACAGAUAUUUAGAUCACAUCGAUUGGUCCUGGCUAGUGCAAGCGAAUUUCUUAAGGAUUUACUUUUAUCCUGCCCAUUGGAAGACUCCCCAACUUUUAUAGUAUUACCCGAAUUUGAUAUCGACACGCUAUCAUUAGUACUUUAUUAUUUGUAUAAUGGAGAAGUUAUGGUCCAAAGAAGCCAAAUGAAAAUGUUUCUAGAAAUGAUUAAUACGAUGCAAAUUUUUGUCGAUUCUCAGUACUUGUUAAAAAUAAGCAGCCUCGAUCAAAGCCAUUUCGACGAUGAUAAUUUUCACCAAACUAAAGAAUUCAUACAAGCAAGUAAGCACAUACAGUUCGGUAUUAUAAAUAAAGAUGUACAUUUUAUCGAUAUGUUAAAAAACGUAAAACAUCUGUCAGUAGAUGAAGACUUUGAUAAAGUAAAGCGUGGGAUUUGUUCAACUCUUUUAAAAUCUAGGAAAAACGAUGUGACCGACAUAAAUUUUGAAUUUGGAAACCGACAGAUGCAGUCCCAUGAUGCAUAUGUCAAGACAUCUCUAAGCGGUAACAAUAAUGGUCUUGCUUCAGGCGUGCUAUCAAUUUUUAAUGAACAUUAUCAAGAAGCAAAAUCUCUACUCUCGACGAAUGCCAAUGCAGAGGUCCAUAGAUCCAUGACGCUCUCAAAAGAAUCUCAGAUAUCUUCCAUGUCUGAUUACAAAGGGAAUACCUCAUUUGAAGUUCAAGCUAAAAAACUAGAUAAAACUAGUUAUAUUUCAAACAUUGUUGAUAACUCUGGAUCUCAAGAUUUGGACCAACCUGAACUAUUUAUGAACGAUAUGAAAGCAAUAAAGCAGAAAUGUAAUGAUUUUCGAGAUAAAAAUAUUUUCCAUAAGAAGCAAAUGAAAGCAAUAACUUCUAUAGGACAGAGUUUAACCCAAGUAAAUACAAAAUUGAUAACAAAUGUGCAAAAUAACAAUACUUUACCAUAUUCUAAAAUAACAUUAAAUGAACAAGAAUUAAAAAGUAAAACGAAAAAUACCUUAACUAGAGUAACGAUCCUUAACCAAGUAUUGCAGAGUCCGUGGAGGCCAAUAUUACCAUACAAUUUUAGACCUGUGCGUAGACGAAAUCAGGAGGGGGAACAGCCAGAGAUUUUCUCGAACACCGAUGCAAUUGGUACACAGAUGAGACAGCAUUCUCCUCACUACACAUGUGUGGAAUGUGACAAGUCAUUUUCACAAUUACGAAACUUUAAGUACCACAUGUCAGUUCAUCGCGGCACGAAGGAGUUCGCGACUACAUGUCCCGUCUGUGGAAAAUACUUCAAUGAUAGAGGAUAUCUCAGUAGUCAUAUGAAAAUUCAUAGGAAUCGAAAAGAAUAUAAAUGCACUGUAUGUCCGAAAUCAUUCAAUCAACGAGUUGCUUAUAACAUGCACCUACGAAUACAUACUGGUGUUAAGCCACACGUUUGCAAUGACUGUGGAAAGGCAUUUUCUCGGAAAAUGUUAUUGAAGCAACAUCAGCGUACACAUAGUGGCGAGCGACCUUACGCUUGCUCGUAUUGUGAGAAGAGAUUCGCAGACAGGUCCAAUAUGACCCUCCAUUUGAGACUGCAUACAGGUAUUAAGCCUUUCAUUUGUAAUCUUUGCCCGAAGGCAUUUACAAAGAAACAUCACCUUAAGUCUCAUCUGAACUUUCACACUGGAGACAAGCCCUAUUCUUGUCCACGCUGCAAGCUCACUUUCACGCAGUCUUCGAAUAUGAGAACUCAUUACAAGAAGUGUAAUGCACAAGCAACAACCGAAGAUUUAAUAUAAUAAGAAUAACCAUAAAAAUUCUGAGGCUGCGUAAAUAAUAUUUAAAAUGACAUUAUUUAAUGAAUAC